UCGGUGCAUAAUCCUGUAUAGUGUGCAGCUUCCUCUGCAGGCGCCUGCAGCGCCUCUCCACUCCUCGGCCAGUGCGCACAUACCUCUGCUGCGGAGCCACUUACCUGCGGCCGGAGCACAUGCACCCUCCUCCCCGCCUUCCCCUCCCCGCUCCUGAAUGCUACAUUCCCCGCACCAGGCAAAGUUUUGGAGCUGAUACUGUUGUAUAAUCUCUAUUCACUCCAUCACCCCAGCGCACACCCAUCGCCCUGCCUUACCUGCUCUGCAGCCGGAGCAAACUUCUCUGCUCCUCCGGUGCACCCACCAUCAUCACCCGGACAGGCGGACACCCCACUGGCAGACUAUAGGACAGCUGGCCACACCAUGGGAGGGCUGACCUCCUUGUUUCUCCUGUGUGCUCUCGUCCUGGCCGACUAUAGCAAAGCAGCGGAUUCAGAAGAAAGAUUAAUGGACACUCUUUUGAAGAAAGAUAGAUAUAACAAACUCAUCCGUCCAGCAUAUAACAAUACACAGCUGGUGUCCAUCCACCUCCAAUUGUCUCUGGCUCAGCUCAUCAGUGUGAAUGAACGGGAGCAAAUUAUGACAACUAAUGUUUGGCUUAAUCAGGAGUGGGUGGACUAUCGAUUGACUUGGAAUCCAGCUGAAUAUGAUGGCAUCAAGAAACUUCGUAUUCCAUCCAAACAGAUCUGGCUGCCGGACAUUGUUCUCUACAAUAAUGCUGAUGGUACGUAUGAGGUCUCUCUGUUCACCAACGCAGUCGUGCAGUACAAUGGCAGCAUCGCUUGGCUACCUCCAGCUAUUUAUAAGAGCGCAUGCAAAAUAGAAGUCAAACAUUUUCCAUUCGACCAGCAGAACUGCACUCUGAAGUUUCGUUCCUGGACUUAUGAUUACACAGAAAUCGAUCUUGUGCUUAGUUCAGCCUCAGCUAGUAUGGAUGACUUUACACCAAGUGGAGAAUGGGAUAUCAUAAAACUUCCCGGCAGGAGAACUAUCAACCCACUUGAUCCAACCUACGUUGAUGUAACCUAUGAUUUUAUCAUCAAAAGAAAGCCUCUGUUCUAUACGAUUAAUUUGAUCAUCCCUUGUAUUCUUAUUACAUCAUUAGCGAUAUUGGUGUUUUACCUUCCAUCGGACUGUGGGCAGAAGAUGACCUUGUGUAUAUCUGUUCUCCUAGCACUGACUGUAUUUCUGCUUUUAAUAUCUAAAAUUGUACCACCAACUUCUCUUGAUGUUCCACUCAUUGGAAAGUACUUGAUGUUCACUAUGGUUCUAGUAACAUUUUCCAUUGUUACUAGUGUUUGUGUCCUCAAUGUUCACCAUAGGUCUCCUAGCACACACACUAUGCCACAAUGGGUAAAAAACUGUUUUUUGGAUAGGCUUCCUGUGUUCCUUUUUAUAAAAAGACCAGAUCAUAGCUCUUCCAGCCAAAAACGACGUAGUUGCCAGCAGAACCCCCAGAUGGACUCAUAUCGGAACUCUGGCUGCUUUGCAAAUGCAGCUAAUGCAAAAAGAUAUGAUCAGAGAGUUAACGAACAGCCUGAACAUCCUAGAAACCAAGAUGUUCGAUAUAGGCACACCAGAAAGUUCUCCCCACAGGUUCAAGAAGCCAUGGAGGGUGUGAGCUUUAUAGCAGAUCAUAUGAAGAGUGACAAUGAAGACCAAAGUAUCAUUGAAGACUGGAAGUAUGUUGCCAUGGUCGUGGAUAGACUGUUUCUAUGGAUUUUUAUCAUUGUUUGCGUUGCAGGCACUGUUGGACUCUUCAUGCAGCCACUUCUACAAAACCAGGCACCAUCUGGAAGUCAUUAGUGGAUAGAAAGCUAAUAAACAUUACUGUAAUAACGACAAUGCUUCCUAAUUUAUAUCCUUGCUGGAGUCCAAAGGAUAAUUGAUGAAUUUCUUUUUUUAUGAAAAAUCCAUGGAGAUCUUAGGAAAAUCCUUUUUAGUAAAGCUUACUCCGGAAUGCUUGGAUUGCUUUGCAUUUGUAGCCAAUAUUCAACUUUUCUAUGAUAAAGAAGUAAGAUGACUCAAAUACAUAAAACAUACCACAUUUUUAGUGUAAUGUACAGUAGUUACGUUAAAGGUGAAAAU